UAAAGCCACCAGAGUCGUCUUCACCACUUGGAAACCCUACACUCUUCGGCCGCAGCUGCUCUCUCACCUCAGGUAGGACUGUUUCAGGCAGAGGUUUGAGCAAUGGCUCCUAAAGUUGACAGUAAGAAGGCUGAUCCCAAGGCUCAGGCCUUGAAGGCUGCCAAGGCUGUUAAGUCAGGGCAAACCUUCAAGAAGAAGGCCAAGAAGAUCAGGACAUCAGUGACAUUCCACAGGCCAAGGACAUUGAAGAAGGAAAGAAACCCCAAAUACCCCCGCAUUAGCGCACCACCAAGAAACAAGUUGGACCAUUACCAGAUCCUCAAGUAUCCAUUGACCACCGAGUCUGCCAUGAAAAAGAUUGAGGACAACAACACCCUUGUCUUCAUUGUUGACAUCCGUGCUGAUAAGAAGAAAAUCAAGGAUGCAGUGAAGAAGAUGUACGACAUUCAGACCAAGAAAGUGAAUACUCUGAUCAGGCCUGAUGGAACCAAGAAGGCAUAUGUUAGGUUGACACCUGAUUACGAUGCAUUGGAUGUGGCUAACAAGAUCGGUAUCAUUUAAGCCAUCGUUGUGUUAUUUAGAUGGAGCCAAAGGGAUUUUGUUAUUGCUUUGACAUUUUUGUUAGUAGUACUGUACUGGUUUCAUACUCUUUUCUUUAAUGUGUUUGAGAACCAUGUUGUUUUGCAUAUGGCAAUGUGAUGCUAUUAAAAUUUAGUACU